AUGGUUGCCCCAGGAAGCCAGUGGCCCGCCCUUUCAGGGGGGUUGUGCGAAACCUCUGCCAACACCAACAUCAACGAACGCGCUCUCGCAAUCAACUACGACAUUCAGCAGCUUAUAGAGCAUGUCGGCAAGGGCGCCAAAGUCCCUUCUGUGGUAUUGGAGCAUCUGAAGAUCGUCCGCGAAUUCACGGUCGACCUGAUGAAGAACCCCCUGGGUGCGGAGUGGCGCCGGGAGUUCGCAGACAUGAAGCAGGAGAUCAUGGAGAUCCGUAAGGACAUGCACGGUGUCCGAAUCGCAACUGCGGCGAGCAAGACCACUGAAUCAGGACCCCGAGUCCGAUCCACCCAGGCGGCCAGCCCCUCCGAGCUCUGGAAGGACCGUGAAAUCAUUGUCAAACUGGGUGAUGCCGAUGGCAUUGCUCACUUCCGAUCGAUGAAGAGCUCGGAGAUCAAGGACAGAGCUGAGAAGGCGAGGACCCGCGCUGCGACCGUGAGCCCUGUUUUGGCCGCCAUCCAGUUCGUGGCAGCUCGUCAGUUAGAGUCUGGAAAUGUCAGCCUAACGCUGAGAUCGGCCAAGAACGCUGAGGCUGCUCGAAUUCACCGGGGCAAGUGGGUGCAGCAUUUGUGGAAGAAUGCUGAAGUCCGGCUACCGUCCUGGGGUGUCGUGGUCCACGACGUGAAUGUGAGGUCUUUGGGAAUCAACCGGCCGACGGAAUUGAAGGAGAGGCAGGAAGCAGUUAGCAAGCCGCUAUUGACGCAGAACCUUCACUCGUGGGGGGAUGCAGAGAUAACUCACCUUGCCUGGCUCGUACUACCUGAGGGAAAGAAGUCGGGGUCUAUGAUCGUUGAAUUCAGCUCGCCGUACGUCGCUAACAAGGCUAUCGACUGCAAUGCCAUUUGGGACUCCGCCGUCCUUACCACGGUUCUAUACGACCGAGCUGCUAGGAUCCGUCAAUGCCACCGUUGCCAAAAAUACGGACACAUAGGAAGGACCUGCUCCGGUCAACCGACAUGCGUCUUCUGUGCCGGGGAUCACCUCUCUCCGGAAUGCCCUGGCAAGAUAGACGCCAGCUUGAUGAAUCGAAAGUGCGCCAACUGCGGUGGCGCACAUGCUGGGUGCUUGAAACGAUGCCCCGAUUACCUGGCGGAGUUAGAUAGGGUGAAGGAGUUGGAAAUGAGGCGUGAGCGGUAUCACCGUAUUCCGGCUUACCUAUCUAUCUCGGAUCCUGCUCCGAGGAUGGCAGGAUCUAGCAGCUCAGGCUCAGGCGUCAGCCGGGAGCCAGUGAGCUUAGAUCCAACACCGAGGGAAGCAGCUUCCAUGGGUAGCGGCCGUGGAACUGCGAAAACUGUAACAUCUCGAAGCAAUCCUGUUUCGACCCAGAGAACUAGCUCUGUGAAGAGCAGCAAGCCGGCUACCGCUACCGCUGCCAAGAAGACAGUUAGCAAGCCGACCAAACCGACCAGCGUAGCCACUGGAGGCAAUGCCACAAGCAUUGCCACCAGAAGCAUGGCCAGCCAACCAUCCGAUGCCUCCAUUGCGAGAACCCCGGAUAACCAACAGACCAGGGAUGCCGAGUGCUUCCCGAUGGACAUCGAUGUCAACAUUGAGUUCGACAACCCAGCCAAGCAAGCUGGUCUGUACCAGUCGAAACACGCGCCUCGAUCGGAGCCAGUACGAACAAGAAGCCGUGCCGCGGCGUCAUCCCAGGCGUCAUCCCAGGCCCCGUCGACAUCAACACCAGCAAUCAUCGGAAAGAGGCGAAAGACCACGGCACCGGAAGGGGACUCGGAGGUAUCGUGGAACCCACCGUCAUCAUCAUCGGCGCUUGCCGAAAUAAACAGCAACGGGUCAGUGGCGAGGAAGGCCAGCAAACCGACUGCCCCCGGCAAAGAGAACCAACCCGUCUCCGACACCACAAACCGCGACACCCAUAGCGGUACCAAAAGAAAGCACUUAGAGAUAGACACGAAUUCUCUUACUAUAAGAAGCAAUAGAGGGUCGGUAGCGAAGAAGGCCACGAUAUCAGUGGCUUCAGGCAAAGGGAGCCAAUGGCCGAUUUUCGACAUCGUCAGCCGCGACACCCACGAAGGAGAGGGAUUCAGGGUCGACAUCAGCUUCUCCGACACGAGCGGUCUUAGCAACAUCACCGGUAGCAAUGCCGAGGCCGAACUCACCAAUACUCCUUCCAAUGAAUAA